AUGAUAAGGCGCGUGAAGAACAGACGUUGGCAUUGGAAACCCAAGUGUCAGAAAGCGCUUGGAGUAGCUCGGCAACUGGUGAACAUAAAAGAGAAAAUAUACCUAUCAGUGGAACUGAAAGGGAGAUACAAGCAGCAGUUUGAAUUGAAUACGUUCAAUAUUACAAGUAGCGCUGUGGAUACAGUCGCAGCUCUGGAAAAGCACUUGAGAAAAGGAAAGAGAAGUGCAAUGAAUUUUGAUGAUUUUAUUGAAGAAUUUAAACUGCGAUAUGAAUAUGAAACAGAUUGGACGAAAAUCCAUUUGGAAGUCUCGAUACUGGAGUGGCUGAAAAGACAUCUAAUCACCGACGAACUGCCAUCAUCAGCCAAAAAACGCUUCGAGGAUUUAAAUAAUAGUGAAGUAAACCGGAUAAUAAGUGAGGCUUACAUGGAUGUGUUGGAAUGGGAUCCUCAGCAUCUGUUUCCUGAAACUCUCAAGGUAUAG